AUGCAGUUCCUGAACCUUCACUCCCUCGCCCUGGCCGUUUUGGCCGCUUCUGCCGUUGUAGCAAGCCCUACCUCGGAGCAUAAGAACACUAAGCGCAACGAUGGGGAGUGCAACGGAACUUCUUGCAACCUCAACCCCGGAGGUAUUCCGGCAAACUAUAAGUGCACAAUCGGAAAGUGCGUCGGCUCGGGCGGUGGCGAUGGUGCAUUCUGCAAGUCCGUUGGCACCACCGAUGACAUCCUAUGCCCUGUUGACUGUGGCGACCGGUGCCCUUCUUGA